AUUAUGGUUUAAAGAUAAUCUGAUAAAAUUCUUAUAUAAAAAUACUCAUUUCAAUAGGAAGAUACAUAGUUUCGUUUGAAAAUUAGGCCCAAUUAAUUACCUAACAUAAACGUACGAACACUUAACAGAAAUGGAUAUCUGUAAGGGGAUAUGGAAGAGAGAUUCUGAGUUUAAGAAGAAAGGAGACACAAAAUGCAGCAAUUUUCACCGCAUUGUGUAGGAUACAGACACGCACUUUUUAUACAAAAAUUAUAUGCCGAAGUAUUUCUGUACUCACCUACAAAGUCAGAGUUUUUGCUCUCCGACUAUCUGAAGAAUGCAGCCAUCUGCGAAUAUCCUGUCUUCAUUUCACACAUUUUACUCACAAAUUAUUUCACAUUUUACGAAGGUAACAGUACUUUGUAACUCACUACAUCGUCUUCAGUUUGUUUACGAUUCAGUCAACUAGGCAUAAAUCUGACGAGUUUCUUAACGUGGAAAACUGAACAAAUCCCAGCCCAGAAGAGUUAUUUUAGUGACUGACAGAAUAUUUUACGGAUAAAUCUUCACCGUGCAAUAAUAGUAAGACAGCAACUUAUAUAAACCACUUUGUGCCUUUGAAAUUAAGCGUGGGCCACGCACAGAACUCUCGCCAAAAGCUUUAGGCUGCUUUAGUUUAUGAAACAAACAUGUCUUCCCAGAACUCAUUCUUCCUUCAUGCCAACCCAUCUUCGAGCGCCCCUAGUCAUUCCCUGCAGUAAACUGACGUGAAAGCAGAAGGACGGUCAGCGAUGCUGCACUGUUUUUGAGUGCGUUUAAUAUACGUGGUGAACUUGGCGGAAGAAUUCGACAUUCUGCAGAUUGUUGGUGAAGGAUGGUUUGGCAAGAUCCUGCUGUCUGAGCACCGCGCAACAGACACCGAGAUGGUGUUAAAGGCGCUGCCCAAACCCUACACCGCCGUCAGGGACUUCUACCGCGAGUUUCACUAUAGUCUUCACCUGGGAGCACAUCGGAACAUAAUCAGCACAUACGAUGUUGCCUUCGAGACGGCUGGCUUCUACGUCUUUUCGCAAGAGUACGCCCCCCUUGGCGACCUCACAUCCAACGUAUCGGAAACAGGCAUCGGCGAGCUCCACAGCAAGCGGGUUGCCAAACAGCUCGCUUCGGCGCUGGAACAUUUGCACACCCGCGACUUGGUCCAUCGAGACGUGAAGUUGGAUAACGUCCUCGUGCUGAAAUCCGAUUUCUCUCGGGUCAAACUCUGUGACUUUGGCGAAACCAGGCGAACUGGCACUUUGGUCAGAAGACGCAACGAAUGGCUGCCUUACUCACCACCGGAGGUGCUACUCACUAACACAGACGAGACGUACAAGGCGGAAACAUCACACGACGUGUGGCAGUUUGGAAUCGUGAUAUUCGUGUGUCUGACGGGUUGCCUGCCAUGGCAGAAAGCAGGGAGCGACGACCCGCGGUACGUCCGCUAUCUGCACUGGCACGGGAGCAACGGUGUGCUGAUGCCCGUGAGGCGGCCCAAACUCUUCAAGCUGCUCACCUCCAAAGCACAGAGGAUGUUCCGCAAGUUCCUGGAACCGCGGCCGGAAAAAAGACCCGGAGGGCUGGCUGACCUGGCGAGAUUCCUUGAGGACAGGUGGCUUACAAGAACGUCACUUGCCAGACAAACAGAUAACAACCUUGAAGACGAAGGGCUGUGCCCCUCAAUGUACAGUUUCCAUAGCAGUGUCGAAGAAAAGAACCAACUGCUCUUCACACUGACACAAUAUGGCAUCGAAACAACGGUUGACCGCAGAGCCAAGAAAGACCGAAUCCGGGACUGGAUCCAAGCCAGCGUCAUCACAGAGGUCCCAGAAGAUGAAGAGGAAGAGGAGGACGAUAUAGAGGAAGAAGAGAGACAGAAGGAACGGGAGGCCAUGGAGGGAAAAAGAGACAGUAGACAUAAGAAAGACAAAGAAACGCCAGCAAAUACCAGCCGGUCGGCAAGUCAGUGAUCUGAACAUGGAAGAAUAUGGAGGAUAGUCGUAUUUUAACACAAUUACUGUCUCCGAACGGGAAUAAUUAUCGUUCUUGUAAUUAAUAAAAAUGCACUAAAAUCUCUUGGAUGAUCAGUCGUGUCAAAGUUUAGUUAAAUACUGAUAUUUCAGAGAACUAGUCUGUCUCCUUAAUCAGUGCCCAAGAGAAUUUAAGUGCAUUUAUUAAUCACGAAAAGAGCAUAUCUUGCUUUACGAGAAUGGUUCCUAGAGGUUCAGACUGUUAGAAGCAUGAAAGAAAAUGAUGAUGGAGCACAUCAGUGAAGACAACCUCUGUCAUUAUUGGAGACUCUGUUACACCUCUCUUGAUAUUUCAGGUGCUAACAACAUUUAUAGAUAAAAGUGACAUCAAUGGAUUCUGUAUAACUACUGGUCAAUCCUAAGUGCCACAGUAUUUUUGGAAUGGUCUUAUUAAUUGUUGCAGCGUUAUUGAAGUAUGCCAAUAAGGUAGUUGAGUUUCUAAUUUAUGUCUCUUGAAGUAAAAGUAUAUAUUUUCUUUUGUAAUAAUUAAUCCCUGGUUUGCACUUCAAACAGGUAGCAGGAAAGCGAGCUUAAAAAAUAUUUUGUGUAUGUGUGUACAUGGGCUAUGUAUGUAAAUGAUACAGUUACUAUAAAAGAUCUGUUUUUAUGUCUGUCCACAGCAGCUGAGUGUACAUAAAAUACUCCAGUAAGGAA